UGCAACUAUUGUUACCCUGAGGCGUCGCCCAUUAAGAAAUAACCCCAGUCCGUUCGGAAAAAGAGACCCGCGACCCAGUCGCGUCAAGCCACAACUCCCCUCUUAACGCGUCUUCCACCUAUCUACCUGCUCACCCCAUCUCCUAAACAACACACACCUCGCAUAACGUCCCCAAGUUUGUUUUUCUCUUCCACCGCAAUUAUGGCCUCGUACGGUGGAUAUGACACUGGUGGCGGGUACUUCCCCGGUUCGCAGGGCGGCGGCGGCAGCAGCAGCCAAGCGGCCAAGCCCGUCAACGACGAGUCGCUGCGGCCGGUGACGGUGAAGCAGAUAAUCGACGCGGAGCAGGCGUUCGGCAGCGACGGGCCCUUCCGCAUAGACGGCGUCGACGUCACGCAGGUCACCUUCGUGGGCAUGGUGCGCCAGAUCAGCCCCCAGACCACCAACAUAACGUACCGGCUCGACGACGGCACCGGCAUCGUCGAGGUCAAGCAGUGGCUCGACCCGGACAAGCAGGACGAGACCAACGACUCCGCCUUCCGCGAGGAGCAGUACGUCCGCGUCUGGGGCCGCCUCAAGAGCUUCGGCAACAAGCGCCACGUCGGCGCCCACAUCAUCAAGCCCGUCACCGACUUCAACGAGGUCAACUACCACCUGCUCGAAGCCACCUACGUGCACCUGUUCUUCACCCGAGGCGGCGCUCCUGGCGCGGGAGCCGGCGCCGGCGGCGACGACGGCAUGUUCGUCAACGAUGGGUACGGGGGCGGCGAGAAUGCUGACGCCAUGCGACUGCGGAAUGCGUCGCCCAAGGCAAAGAAAGUGUACGAGUACCUCAACGCCCACAACAGCGAACAAGGCGUCAACAUGCACAUCAUAGCCCGGGACAUAGGCAUGCCGGUCCAAGACGUCAUGACGGCAGCGACCGAGUUGCUCGAUGGUGGCUCCAUCUACACCACCUUGGAUGACGAGACAUUUGCUGUCCUACAGAUGUUUUAAUGUCCACGCUCUGUCUUUGGUUGGUCUCCCUCCGUCGAUGAGAGAGAAGAAUAUGUUCGACGACUGGGACACUUCAUUGCUGCAUGUGGCGUGGUAUGUCUGUAACAUUCCGCACCGCGUACAUGUACCUCCGGCGCACCUACGUGUGGACACGCACGUUAAUGCGCAUACGUACCCUAUUACAUGGCCUGGCGUUAUGGCACAACGGUAAACUACGGGCAGGAAUGGGCUGGGAGUUACAGGAUGAGCACACGCGAAAAUAAGCAU